GGCGUCUCUCUUAACGGGCGGAGCUGUCCACGGUGCUGACGAGAUAUACCGCGCUCGAGCUCACGGUGCAACACAGAGAUAAACACACAGAGAGCGAUGCGCAGCGCACUCGCGACUCUCCGAUAAAACAGACCGAAAGCUAAAGGUAAAUCAUGUCUUCACCAUCUAGAUGCUGUGCGACAUAUGUGUCCAUCCUUCCCUCCCUUCUUCUCCUUUCCUUUUUCCCCUCUUUCAUUUUUGGUGUACAAGGGGCAACACUCAGAGAUCAUCGCCUAAGUGGGAGCGAACCUGGCUCCUAUGGACCUGUGUCCCAACUCCACCCUCCUCCGAGUGCUGAGAUGCUCAGAGCUCUACGCUACAUCCAAAACCUAAGCCAGCGUACCUCAUCCGAUCUCCUUGCCGAUGAUCAAGAGCCGACCACUGCAGACUAUGACUCAGAUGACAUGGAGAGCAUCCGUUCAAUGCUACAACUGGCAUCCCCUGCCCGUAGUGCCACAGGAAUGGAUAGAGGCAUUGAAGAGAGAGAGGAAGACAAAGACAGGGACAACACUCAAGAAUGGCUGCAAGCAGUGCUUACAACACUGCACAAGACUGAAGGGCAAACAGAGCCCCAAAAGUUGUCCCAGAAAUUCAUUACGCAUGCCUCAUUACCGUCACGCCCUCACUAUGCCAUCCAACCACACUUGAGACCAAAGCAACAACUAAAGCCAGAAACUUCUGCAGAGAAUUACGGGAGGAGCUCAUGGGCCAAUUCUGGCAGCCGGAGACCACACAGGCAGUUCCCACUCAUGUUUGAGGAUGAGGAUGGCCAGGAACAGCCACUCAAACGGACCAAUGAGAAUGCAGAGGAACAGUACACGCCCCAGAAACUGGCCACCCUUCAAUCUGUUUUCGAGGAACUGAGUGGAAUCUCCGCUUCCAAGGCAGCUUCCAAGGCCAACAGCAAGAUGGAAAGUGCCGGGGCCAACACUGCUGCUGAUGAUGAAGAAGAUGAAGAUGAUGAUGACUUGUACAGGCAGAGGAAGAUGGCCUUGGAGGGCAUCAUGGGACCAGAUGAAUGGGCACCUCUGGAGGAACAGAUAGAGAACAAAGGGGAAAGCGAGAGGCACAGCUUUACUCGCAAUCUUGAGGAUGACGAGCAGGAGCAGGAAGAGGAAGAGGAGGAAGAUGAUGAUGUCAAAAGAUCCAACCAAUCUGAUUUGUUUCAGACAGAAAAAGAGGACCCGGAGGACAUUGCCAAGCUUGUGGACUACUAUCUGCGGAAAGUUUUAGAAAAGAAAAAGCAAGAGGAACAGGCAAACAAGUGGGAACAAGAAGAAGAUGAAAGUGACCGAGAGGUUGAGAAAAAAGAUGUGGAUGAAGAAGAAGAGAGGGAUGAAGAGGAGAGAGGCAUUAAUCCUAUGCUCAGUACAUUACCCCAGUCUCUGUCUCAGCUAAUCAAAAUCUCUCAAAAGCUCCAAAUCCCACCGGAGGAAGUCCUUGACCUUCUUCAGAAAGAGAAGCAGAAAGACUUCUUUGCAAUUCCUUCAGAGUCACGUACACCCGCACGCACCUACACCACCACUCACGAUGCACACAAAACAUUUGCUGCAGCACCACACCGACGGCCACUUAAGACAUUGGAGAGCCACAACAUUGCACAAGACAUCCUGAGCAUCCUCGAGCUGGCGAGUGCGGCACUGCAAAAUUACAAACUCCGGCAAAGACCAAUGCAACCGAAAACAUUGCAAUAUUACAAGAAGGAACGAGAUCUCCCAGAGUACGUGCUACCAGAAACAAGCAGGGAUGAUUAUGACGACACCGUGGGCGAUGAAGACGAACUCUCCAAUUACAUGGCCUCAGAGAUGUUUGCGCAAGCACCAAGGAACGGGCAUCUGACGCCCUCACGUGACGAGGAACAGUCCAUGUAUGGAAAGCAUGAACGGCACGUCCAAGACUACUUUGAUAAAAGUAUGCCAGAAAAGAGACCGGUGGAGCGUGUGGGCCCAGCCACAGGCAUAGAUGACUACACAAUGAUGAAAAUUAUGAGGUACCUCGACCCGGAAAGCGACAAUGCCAGCGAAACAGACUCUGAGGGGGAAACUGUCCCUGAGAUGUAGAUAAAGAUUAUAUUCAUUGUUUGAAGUUUGAAUUGUCAUAUAAUAAAGUAUUUUGAAAAUAUAUAUAAAUAUAUAUUCCCUAAUUGCGUUAGUCAAUGUCGUGCUCCAGAUUAACUCAUUUUGUACCCUCUAGAGCAGAAAAAGAGUAUUUUAGUAAACUCAACAUAUAUGUUUCUCAGUCUUGUGGUAGCCCUUUUUUGGUAGCGAUAAGAACACUGAGAUUUGUUUCCCUUUUUACGGUACUUGUCCACUGGCGCGAGAUGAGUGCUGAGUGACACGCUCACACAGAGGAUUGCGGAAUUAGCAGAGUAAGUGUUUGCUGUGUCCAAAUAUGCAUACUUCCUUAGUAUAUACCGUAGUAUGCCAAAAGCAGUCAGUAGAGAAAGUUGGCGAGAAAUACCAGAUGACCUACUACUGUAUAACAGGCAAAAUUCUGAAGUUUGUGACUGAGUUCAGAAUGGCAUACUACAUACUACUUAUCCAUAUCCACCAGAAAUAGUAAGAGUAAUAUGUUAGCAUGCUGCUCCAAAUUUGGCAUCCAUCCACGGGACUCAUUAUUGUCCCAUAAUGCCAAGGAAGCUGCAGAGACAUCACAUUCAAAACACUAAAUAUCAGAGAACCACGAGUAUCUUUUGGAUACCCCAAAAGAGUUGUUCCUUGUGGUUGAAUUGUACAUGUUUAACAACACCAGAGUAGAUUAUUUUUGUUACCAUGUCAUUUAUUUGGGUUACGGAAUUAUGCCCACAUUCCAGGGUGAAGUAGGAAGUAUUCAUAAUACUCGCAAUACUAUUUUAACAAAAGUACAUUCUUUAUCAAAAGCAGUACAUACUCUGACAGUACGCAAAUUCGGACACAGCUGUUGAGACCAUCAAAAAAGCUGGGGAAAUGUUACACACCAUUGCGUGAUUAUAUCAGCGUCUUCCACCGAACGCGUUUAGAUGCGUGCUUCUACCGUGAAAGUUGACGGGGGGGAAUCGGGUGAUAGAUGCCACGAAUAGGGCCCCCUUUGGAGUUGUGGGCCCCUGGGCUUCAGCCCAUGUAAGCCAGUGCAUUAAUGCGCCCCUGGUAAUAGUGCAUAUACACACCUGUGUCUUGAACACAGAACUGUUGUUCCCCACGUCCUAACGGAAGCCUGUUUUUGUUUCCUGGUCUCCAGUGUUUUCACUUGCAUCAGUGUAUGUUUUUAGCAGAUGGUGGGAUGUUUAGCAUAAUCAAUUUGUGAAAAACAUGUUGCUCCAUAGUGUCGAUACUUCACAGAGCCACAAUGACUGUAGUUUGACGAGUAGAUGACAUGAAGCGAUUGCCCGAGGUUUGUUCAGUUGAUAUCAUUAACUACUUCGAGUUCACAACAGCACAAGAUUAGCCUGUAGUUAUUUUUACUCCAACUUAAACUUCAAAUGGUUGUCGGUUUCCUUUUGGACCACUCGUGGAGACAGGAACCAAAAAAACAUUCCAGAUUCAAUCAAGUCAUCCUGGUGCUGCCCAGUGGUUGGUCAGGAAAACUAUAGAUAUGAUGAUUUUUUUUCGUGUACUGAAAUGAAUCAUAGACAAAACGCUCGCUGUACAUGUAAUCAGACAUGGCCCCAAAGAGGCAGCUCUCCAGCGUUUCUUCCACGCCAGUGGACACAUACCAUUAAUGGCGCUUAAACAGCAGUUAUGUUUUCAGUCAGUCAGUAUCUUGUGUGUGUGAUGGGGUCAUGUUUGACAUGGCAGAGGUAAAUAAAGCAUUUGUUCAC